AUGAUAAUUUUGCGUGAUCGAGUUGAAGCCUUGGACCCUGAAGACACAAAUAAUGCUAAUAAGAAACCGCGUAAGAUCACUUCGAAUAAAUAUGACUUAUGCUUAGGGACAUUUGAACUAACUGAACAGAAAAUCUUUUUUGUGAUGGAAAUGAAGCGCUUAAAAUAUAUAAGGACCUCUAUAUACCUCAUAAAACAAUAUCUGAAAAAGAGGCUCUGUGUAGGAUGUGCAAAAGGAUUUAAGAUUAUAGACAUGGAUUCUCUUGCAACUCAAGCUCUAUUAGAUCCUGCUGAUGCUUCUCUACAUUUUGUUCAAAAUAAAGAAAAUGUCAAACCAAUUGCGAUAUUUAGAAUUCCCAAUAGUGAUAGAGAUCUCUUGCUAUGUUACGAUGAUUAG